AUGGAGUGCCAUGGGACACCUUGGCCUACACUCACUUCAGCUUCAGCUGUCCUGCCAGGGUGCCCUCAGUGUGUAGAAACCCAAGACCUACAGCCUUCAUUGACUUCAGCUUUAGGUGUCCUAUCAGGGUGGAUGCUGCACAGAGAAACCCAGGAACUCCUGGCCUACACCUGCCUCAGCUGCAGCCAUGCUACCAAGGCACCUUUUUGUGGAGAGCCUCGGGACACCUCAGACUUCAGCUUCACCCCAUUUCACACCCACUUCAGCUUUAGCUAUUCUGGGUGGAAAGAACUGGACCUCUUAGCUUGUGUGCACUCAAUUUCACCUGUCCUGUGCGGAGAGCCUCAAGACUGCCCCAGCCCAGGACCAUGUCAGAUCCAGCCAUCACAUCAAGACAGCCACAGCACAGAGUGUCCUUGCAGCAGCUGUCGCCAUUUUGUCGGUGGCCGCCCGUUCGGCCCGUUCGCGCCCGUCCUAUCGGCCACGUCCCACGGGGUGGCGGGCGCGUUGCGGCCUCUGGUGCAGGCUUCAGUGCCCGCCACCUCGGAGCCGCCAGUGCUGGACGUGAAGCGGCCCUUCCUGUGCCGGGAGUCGCUGAGUGGCCAGGCCGCGAGCCGGCCUUUGGUCGCCUCCGUGGGCCUCAAUGUCCCUGCUUCUGUUCGUUAUUCCCACACAGACAUCAGAGUGCCUGACUUCUCUGACUAUCGAUGCACCGAAGUGUUAGAUGGUACAAAGUCUUCAAAAGAGAGCAGUGAGGCUAGAAAAGGUUUCUCCUAUUUGAUAACUGCAGCAACUAGUAUAGGUGUUGCAUAUGCUGCCAAGAAUGUCGUCUCCCAGUUUGUUUCCAGCAUGAGUGCUUCUGCUGAUGUGUUGGCCAUGUCGAAAAUCGAAAUCAAGCUAUCCGAUAUUCCAGAAGGCAAGAACAUGGCUUUCAAAUGGAGAGGAAAACCGCUGUUUGUGCGUCAUAGAACCAAGAAGGAAAUUGAGCAGGAAGCUGCAGUUGAAGUGUCCCAGUUGAGGGACCCGCAGCAUGAUUUAGAUCGAGUAAAGAAACCUGAAUGGGUUAUCCUGAUAGGUGUUUGCACUCAUCUUGGUUGUGUACCCAUUGCAAAUGCAGGAGAUUUUGGUGGUUAUUACUGCCCUUGCCAUGGGUCACACUAUGAUGCUUCUGGCAGGAUCAGGAAGGGGCCUGCACCUCUCAAUCUUGAAGUUCCCUCAUAUGAGUUCACCGGUGAUGACAUGGUGAUUGUUGGUUAGAGAUCUGGACUCAAGUCCAAGGUUCCUUUCAGUCAUCUUGUCACCUCAGAAGACCUAUGAGCAAGCCUUCUAUACUUAAGUGGGUUGAUUUGAAAUAUUUAAGAAUUGCUGAUAAUGUAUUUGCAAACAUUUAUGUGAAGUAAAUUGAAUUUAAUGUUGAAUGCUUUCAAGCAUUCACUUAAUAAAGCCACUGUUAAACAUUAUUAAGUUCAAAGACUUAAAAGGUGCAGUGUCUUUGAUAGUUAAUUCUAAUUAAAAAUUACAGACUUAUGUACCAGA